AUGAAUUCAGCUGGAGACGAAUUGCAUCCAAACUGGUUGGCACUAACCACUUUGCCGCUACAACUGAAACGUUUCGUCCGAGCUGGCCAGAUAGAAUGCGCCCAGCAACCAAUAAAAGACACCAAGCACAAAAUAAACGGUCUGGACGGAGCUGAUGCACAGAAGUUCUAUGAGGAAGUUUUGCACACACCAGCUACUAGUAGAGCCAUUCCCACACACACACAUAAGAAGUCAAAUGGAUCCGGGAGGGAUCCACUGCUGCCGUUCGACAAGAGCAAGUUCUUCCGCUACGCCAUCAGCAACAAGGUGGAGGAGAUGUCUCAAAUGCUCAUCACAGACAAGGCCAUGGAGCUGAACGCCUGCGACGUCUAUGGUUGGACGGCACUUAUGAUGGCUGCAUGUGAGGGUGCCAAGGAUGCGGUAGCAUGGCUUCUACAUAAUGGGGCGCACGCAGAUGUCCGAGACUAAUCUGGUAACACGGCUCUCACACUGGCCAUGCUGAAAGGUCAUACGGAAGUAGUACAAAUUCUAGAAACUGCACCCAAUUCAGAAAAAGCUGAUAUACCGGAAGAAAUAGCCGGCGACCCGACAACGCCCUUCCAUUGUCGUAUCUGCAAAAGAAACUACAAGGAGACACGGUGGAUGUUUGAUACACCGUGGAAUGUUCAUCAAACAUCCACCGUGCACCAGUUCAAUAUGAAAGCUUUUCCGCCCCACAAGCUGGAAAAGUUUAACAUAUCUUCCAAAAAUCGUGGCCUGCAGCUAAUGGUCAAGCAGGGCUGGGACCGAGAGCACGGGCUGGGACCUAACCAAAGUGGACGCUUAUAUCCGGUGAAGACAGUGCUAAGAAAACAACGAACCGGCCUCGGGAUCGAGCAAUCACCCGCAAGGGUUGCACAUUUCCAAGCAUUCGACACGAAUGCAACAAGGAGAAGGGGUCCAGUGCCUCAGCAGCGACGCACUCGUCAAGAUAUGCAGCGUGAAAAAGUGCGAGACUGGAAGCGUAAUCGACGCCUUCGCAGUGAAUUAAAUUAA